GUUUGAGGAUAUAAGGGAUGGAAAACCAGUUUUGGACUGUCCCCAGAAUAAAAAAGGGGGGAAAAGUGUCCGGAAGUCCCAGCUACGAGCUCUACCUUCUGAUGGGAAAGGUGGAGGGCAACGCAGGAAGAGCAGCACUGAAUCAGUUUCCAGAACACUGCUGGUAGUGAGCAGUAAAGCCAGAGGGAAAGACAGGUUGACAGGCAGAGCCAGAAGAUGGGAUGUUAAGGAAGGUGAUGAAAUGCCCUUUUUAAAAGAUGAACUUGAUAAUCAGCGAUCAAUUAAUGUGGAAGAACAAAAUAAUCUAAUUCUGGACAGAGAAGCAGAGAAAGAGCACCAUUGCUUACCCGGUCUAGAGAAUUGUAUAAAGCUAAAAGAUGUUCCCAUGGCAGAGACCAAAAGAAGUGAAAUGGACGCAGCUUCAAGAGAAGCCCAAAGCCCAAAUGAAAAAACCAGAAGGGGCCUUAUCGAGGAUGUCAGUAGAGAUGAGACUGAGGUAAAUCUCAAACUCAAUAAGGCAAUAUCUGGCCCUGAUUUGUCUCCUAAGACUAACUAUAAGAAUAGCUGUCAGGAAAUUUCCAGAGUGAAGGCUUCUAGGGACGCAAUUCAAGAAAUCCAUGAAAAUUGCUUAGUUAAAAACACAUGUUCUGAAAGGCACCCUGAGGGGAAUUCUGCUGACAAUUUUAACAAGCUGCCGGAUGUGAUGGAAACAGGUAUCAGAGACCAGGAAUUGUCAAUAAUGAGACAAACAGGAGAAAUCCAUAUUGGAAACCUGAAGAAACAGGUAGCUCUUGGGAGAGAAAAGAAUAACACAACCUGUCUUGCACAUGGGGAGGAAAACAAGACUUCUGUUGGAGAAAUUUAAGGGGAAAGGAAUGAAUGUGCACCAGAAGGAACAAAAAUGUGCAACUUGAAGCAAGAAAACCCUGCGUCAUGCAAUAAGGAAGCAUAUAAUUAAUCUAAGGAUGAAUUGAGCACCUAGAAGGCUAAAGGUUAGCAUAUGGCAUUUUGUUCAUUUAUAUAGAUUUUAUAGUGUAUACUAUCUUAAGGCUCAGGGAAGGCAACCUACUGACAUCUAAAAGGUAUGGGGUGCAAGCCCCCACAAUAUUUCUAAAGCCCUAUUGAUAUGAACUAUCAAAAUGCAAGAUCUGAGUAAAUAUGCCUAUUAUAAGAACACCGAGAUUUGAGGGAUGAAGAAGCAUGUUAUCACUUAGUUUAAACUAAGGUGAUAUGGCUUACAGAUUCAGAAUACUCAAGGAUAUGUCAAGUUUGAUGAAGACCAUGUCUACAAGAAGGCAGCAACAAUGAUGAAGACUUAGAGAUCAAAGCUUAGGAGGAACAUCUGAAAAAAAUGUAUAUGCUUAUCCUAGAGAACAUAUCAUCAAGAGGUGAUAGGAUAAUUAUUUCAAGUUAUGGAAGCCUGAGAGAUAGCUGAUAGAAGAAUCAUUAUUCUGCAGAGCAAGAUGCAAUCCAGUAGGGCAAAUAUUAGGAAGAUCUUCCUGAUGGAAGUGGAGAUGAAAACUUUAAGAGAUUUUUUAGCAGAGGUUGGCUGCCUUUCUGUCAGAGUUCUUGUUACAAUACUUUUUGCUUUGGUGAAGAUUGCACUAGUUGAUUUUUGAGUUUUCUUUCAAAUAUGGAAUUGUUUAAAUAAAUGAUUUUUUAAAAAGCUUUAAGCUUUAUAUUUGGCCUGUUCUGCUUAUUUGCAGAGGGAAGAUAUUCCAUUAAAAAGGAUCAGAUGUGAGAAUUAAAAGAAAAAUGCUUUCCCUUAAUUUUUUAAAAACCUAGAUUAUAUUAAUAUGUCAUUGAUUGCUCAGAAAUUACUUAGUAUUUUAUUAUUAGCAUUUUAUGGCUAGUUAGAAUUCUUAUUUUUGAUUUUACAUGUUUCUACAUAAGACGGCCAUUUCUCUUCAAACCAGUGGUGAUUCAACCAGUUCGCACCUAUUCGGGAGAACCGGUUGAUAACUUUCUAAGCAGUUUGGAGAAC